GCGUUUAGUUACAUACAACAAUGGUCUCCCAAUUCUCCGUGCUUAUGUUUGUUUUAAUGCUAUAUUUUUCAGUGGUUUUCUUACUAAUAGGAGUUUCAUCAUUAUUAGCAUCAGUUCAGUCAGAGUUGUAAUUAUGUAAGGAUGUAAUGCAAUUCUGGCUGGAUUUGGGCUUCAGUGGAUUCUAUUUAGAACGCACCAAGUAUUUGAUUGAAGACGCAGAGUUACGUAAUGAGACUGCCAAAAGAGACAUUGGAUCAGCAACCCACACCGAAUAUGAGUUCUAUGAUCACUUUUACACGGAGAACAAUGCCGAGUUGGCACCUCUGCUUCAUGACUGGACCGAACGCCUCGCAAACUCUUCAGGAAUCCUGGUUGUAGACGAUCUGUCAGUGACUGCCAACCGCUCAUUAGCUCACCUGAUAGUGCGACCACAGACUCUGGAGCCUUACCCUAUCUUCACGGCAGAGGAUAUGGUCACAUUGAUCAACAAAAAUCUCAAAGCCAACCCUUGGCCAGCCUGGCAGAUAGAGGUGAAAAAUGAAGAACAAGGUAGUCCCCUAGCCCAGUGUGUGCUGUUGUCAUCUGUGUUGCUACCUGGAGUACCCGUUACUUUAGCAGGACAGGAGCUGGGACUCAGCAACCUCCAGGAGAUACCCUGGGACAACACCACAUAUCCAGAGAGCCAAGAAUCUGAUGUGGUCUCCCAGCAGAACAACCCUCACAGUUUGUACACUGCUUAUAAGGAGUUGGUAGAAGCCAGAAACUCUCCCCAGAUACUGCAUGGCUCACUGCAGCUGCACAUCUUCAAUGGCACUUCAGUUUUAGCCUACACUCGAAUCAAGAGUGGCAAUCCUGGGUACCUGGUGGUGUUCAACACUGGGACAGAAGAGACAACUGUGGAUGUCCGUCAGAUGAAUGGUGUUCCUGACGAGCUGACCCUAGUGGUCACCUCUGACAUCGACUCCAUGGCUGACAAAUCCAAGUUGAUGAGUGAAGCUGUGACGCUGCCAAGUCGAGCAGUUGCUGUAUUCCGCUUUGUUCCAAAAGCAAAGGAGUAACUCAUUGCAACGGUGUAAUUUUGUAUUUAGUUUUAUUAAAUUAACUUCUUUUUUUACAAAAUGUUUACUUUUUAAAAUACUAGUGUAGAAGACUUGUCUAAGUUUUGCUUGUGUAACUCAAUAUUAAACUUUGCAAAUCAC